AUGGGCGCCGGCCCCGCGGGCCUUGCAGCCGCCCUACGCCUGCAACAACAAACAAAUAUCACCUGCACAAUCUAUGAGCUGCGACCUGAGCCCACAACACUUGGUGGGGCGAUUGGUAUCCAGCCUAACGGCUUACGCCUCCUCGACCGACUAGGGGUGUAUGACGAAUUUGCGGCGCGCGGAUUCGGAGAAUCUGUCACGACAUGGCAUUCGCUACGUCUUUACGGAGGACAUGAUGUCGGUUCUGCGGAUAUGGUAGGCUGGGCACGAGAGCAAACCGGGUACGGGUAUCUACGAAUCAAACGAAGAGAUAUUGUGGAUAUUCUGAAAGAGGCGGUCGAAAGAGCAGGGAUAAAGAUAUAUUUCGGGAAGAGGCUUGUCAAGACGGAGAAUUUCGAUGAAGCGGAUGAGGCGGGAAGGAGGGGUGGAGUGAAAGUUACGUUUGAGGAUGGGAGUACGGAUGAGGCGGAUUUGCUGCUCGGAUGUGAUGGGAUUCAUUCGUUUCUUCGACGUUCUUAUGUGGAUCCGGAUCAUGGGCCGGAGUACUCGGGUGUUUCGGCACUCGGGGCUCUUAUACCUAGUGAGAGGUUGAAGACUGAGACUGUGGAGCAGAUUCAUGGGAUUGAAGCCACGCUUACGGAGGAGGGGAUGUUGGUUGUUAAUCCCUGCUUGCCAAAUAAGGAGGAGAUGUUUAUGUUCUUCUCAAAGUGGGUGCCGCUUCCGGAUACGGGGGAUAGUCGGGAUGGAUGGGAGAUUCAUGGGAAGGAGGAGAUAGAUGGGUUCAAGGAGCAGCUUUUGACUACUUUGCAGGAAGCGCAGGGGAAAUGGGUUGAGGCGCUCAGAGACCUGAUUCACAGUACUUCGGCUGUGAAUUUCUAUCCUGUUUAUCGGUUGCCGCUUGGUGGACGCUGGUCCAGGGGUCGAUGCGCGUUGGUUGGUGAUGCGGCGCAUGCGAUGUCGCCACAUGCUGGACAGGGUGUCUCCAUGGCGUUUGAGGAUGCCUUCUUGCUUGCUCGGCUACUUGAGGACCCGGAACGACCCAUUGAGGAAGUAUUUGAGAAGUAUGAUCGCAUUCGACGACCCCGAGUGAGCGAGAUCUCCCAAAUGGCCGCCGAGCGCGCGGAAUUGAGGAAGAAGAGCACAUCUUUGGGUCUACGUUUGAAGGAGAUGAAGCUUCAUGGGAUGAUGAACGUUUCAGGGGCUUUGGGUCUGGACAAAAAGGGAUUGAAGCAGGGGCAUAUGGUAUACGAUAUUGAUGAAGUGGAGCUGUAA